AUGGCGGUGCGCCUGGCUCAGGAACAGGGGCGGCGGCUGGGCGGCGACAAGUGCCUGUCCAAGGGCUUGCUGAAGACUCGCACCCAGCAGGCCACCAUCGUCCAGUUUGCGUCGCGGUCCGCCACCGCUCGGCAGCAGCCCCACAAGAAGCAGCAGCGGCAGGAGCAGCAGCCGGGCGCCGGCUCGCCGCCUUCCACCAAGAGGCCGCGAAGCACGGCUCUGGCGUCGGGCGCGGCUGCCGCUGCGGGCUCAAUCCUUGGCACGGCCCGCUGGGUGGAUGUGGAUCUGACUGGGGCCAGUGAUGAGGAUCAGGGCCAGGCCGUGGAGACCGCCGGCAUCCCCUGCUCUCGACCAUUACCAGCCACCACGACUGCUGAGGGCAGCGGCAGCAAGCGGCAGCAGCAACAGCAGCAGCAGCAAGCGGCGGGGAAACACCGGGCAGAGCAGUCGCCGUCAGUGUCCUGGCCAUCACAGGGCACGCCCAGCAGCCAGGAGGCGCCGCCGGUGCACUCCCCGCGCCGCGAGCACCAGCAGACGGCGCGGUCGUCGCUCCAGGCCUCCUCGGCAGCGGGCGGGGGAAAGCAGGCUUUGCUGUCCCGCGCUGCAGCCACCGCCGCCGCCCGGCCUGCCUCCCUGCGUUGCUUCCCUUGCAGCGUGAGGCUGGUGGUGGAGUGGGAGGCGGGCAACCCUCGGGACACCAAUGCCCUGCUGGCGCUCGAUGCCCACAGCCGGCUGCCGCUGGGCCACCUGCCCCGCGCCGUGGCCCGGCACCUGGCCCCUCUGCUGAAGAGCCAGCAGGUGGUGGUGGAAGCGGUCGUGCAAGAGGAGCCGCUUGGGGACAAGGCGCCGCUGCUGGCAGAGCUGCAGAUCUCGCUGCAACAGCCCGGCGGCCCUGGGCCCUCGCCCGGCGCGGCGGCCAGGGUGGCGGCUGCGCUGGGUCGCGCGGCGGCGGCGGCCGCCACACAGCUGCAGCAGCAGCCGCAGGCCAUGGGGGAGCGGCUUCAUCACAACUUCCUGACGGUACUGGACACGGUGCAGCACCACGACGGCCACCUGCUGGCCCAGGAGGAGACAGGCUUCAUCGCUGCCUACAAGGCCCUGGAGCUGCCCGCCCAGUGCCUCUUCCUGCGCCUGUUCCAGCGCAAGGGCCCGCUGUUCGCCCUGGCCUCGCUGGCCUACAGCGAGGUGCCAGACGCCGCGGCGGCAGCCGGCCAGCUGGCGGCGGCAGGCCUGGCGGCCACUUGGACCGCGGCAUCAGGCAUCAGGGGUGGCACCUCCAGGCUUGGCGCCAGCAGCAGCAGCGACAGCGGCGGCGGCAGCAGCAGCGCGGCGGCAGCCAGCGGCGGAACGGCGAGCUGGGCUGACCUGGCGGAGCUGCUGACUGUGCCUGACCUGGCGGCUGUGCUGGCGGCGCGCAAGAUCAAGGCGGCGCCAGCGGGCGGCGACUGCUACAGCGCAGCGCAGGGCGGCGUGCCCAGGAACCGGCAGCAGAUGCUGGCAGCGCUGGAGGGGCACGCCAAGCGGUCGGCUGCCGUCGCGGCGCAGCUCACGGGCUGGCUGCUGGCCGCUACGGGGCCGGUGGUGCGUCUGUCGGAUGCAGCCUGCGAGGCCGUCGGCCGCCUGCAGCGCCUCUUCUUCCUGAAUGAAGGGCAGAGCUUGACGCAGUUCCUGGCCAGCGACCUGGGACACAUGCAGUACCCGCGGUACCAGGUGCACCGCAGCUGCCCCGCCUUUGCCCGCCGCGCCGACCUGCUGGCGUAUGAGGCGGCGCUGCGCCACACGGCGGAGCUGAUGGACGCCAACGAGGCGAGCGGCCUGGGGGGCUGCUGUUGCUGGGGGCUUUUGGCAAUGCAGGCCGAGGAUGUGGAGGGAGCCGAGGCGGCGCUGCAGCCCGCGUGGGCAGCCCUGGAUGCCAACCUGCACAAGCAGCCGCGCGACGGCCCCGGCUUCCUGCGCCGGUUUCAUGCGGGGGAGGUGUACUGCAUCAUGGCCAACAUGGGGGUGGACCUGCUGGAGCGACAGAAGCGGUACAAGGAGGCGGUACAGCGGCUGGACAUGCUGCUGGGCGGCUGCUGCUGCCCCACGCGGCGCGGCGAGUGGUGGGAGCGGCUGUCCAUCAACCUCAAGCACCUGGGCAGGCACCAGGAGGCGCUGGAGCGGGCGGAGGCGGCCCUGGCAGACGAGGCGCUCAGCUGCGGCGACCGGCUGACCAUGCAGCGCCGCGUGCUGCUCCUGGGCAAGCCGCCGUGGAGGUGGAAGACGCCGGCGUGGAAGAAGGAGGCGCAGCGCGAGCCUCCGGUGGUGCGCAUCCAGGGGCGGCCCCUGAACCGCACGACAGGCGCCAAAAGCCGCUUCUACGGGCUGGACGAGGAGCAGUGCGGGGUGGAGGAGCUGGCUCUGCAGCACUAUGCCACAGAAGAGGGCGGCGGCUGGCAGGGCGUGCACUGCGAGGGCGGCGUCUGGGCGAUGCUGUUUGGGCUGCUGCUGUGGGAUGUGCUCUUCAUGCCGGUGCCAGACGUCUUCCGCACCCCUUUCCAGACAGCACCCCUUGACCUGGACACGCCGCUGUUCUACCCAACCCGCAAGGAGGCGGUGAAGGCGUGCCUGGCGCGCGUGGCGGCAGGGGAGGCGCCCCGCAUGCUGGCGGCGGCCUGGGAGCAGCAUGAGGGCACGAUGUGCCGCGGCGUGCGCUGGGACCGGCACGAGCUUGAGGAGCUGCAGGUGGUGGCGGAGUGCGUGGGAGGGCGACAGCUGGCGGCGGUCUGCCGCCUGCUGGCCAUCGACCACGGCGGCUGGUCAGGGGGCAUGCCCGACCUCCUGCUGUGGCGCCCGGCGCGGCGGGAUGCGAAGCUGGCGGAGGUGAAGGGCCCUCGCGACAGGCUCAGCAACCAGCAGCGGGCCUGGAUCAACGCGCUUCGUGACGCCGGCUUCCAUGCCGAGGUGCUCAAGGUGGAAGAGCCCUCGAGCCACGGCAGCAAGAAGCAGCGGCGGUGA